UUUAAAAGUCAAGGUUGUGUGAAACUGGGAAGAUAAACAUGGGAGUAAAUUGUUUAUGGGGCAUUAUUGCUCCAGUGAAAACCCACAAAUCUCUUAAACUACUGAAGGGGCAGACACUUGCAGUUGACCUAGCUAUUUGGAUAUGUGAGAGCGCGUCAGUCCUUCAGGGAGUGGUUGUAAAACCGCAUCUUCGGAAUCUUUUUUUCCGAGUCACAAAUUUGACCCAGAUGGGCAUCAACCUCAUCUUUGUCCUGGACGGGGAACCGCCGGAACUCAAAUGGGAGGAGAUGGCAAGACGUAAUGAGGUCCGCUUUGGAGAAGGCGGAGAAACAAAGAGAGGUCGUGGAGGUCGUUGGGGUCAUCAUCGUCGUGGCAGAGCAGGAAGAGGAAGGGGAGGGGCAACAGAACAAGGGGGCACUGUUCAAGUAAAGAAGAAGAAGUCGGGCAGAUCACGUUUCAAGUUUGUCCUGAAUGAGUGCAAAGAAAUGUUGGAUCACUUGGGUAUACCCUGCCUGCAAGCCAGAGGGGAAGCCGAGGCAAUGUGCGCCUUGCUCAAUAAACAAGGGAUAGCUGAUGCCUGCUUAACGGAAGAUGGUGAUGUGUUUUUGUAUGGAGCUAGAACUGUUUACAAGAACUUCAGUCUGCAAACAAAUGACCCCCAGAUUGAAUGUUACUCCACAGACGACAUCGAGACCAAGUUAGGCCUUGACAACGACAAACUCAUAGCUCUGUCUUUGCUGCUUGGAUGUGACUACAUACCUGACGGGGUACCGGGUAUCGGCAAGUACCAGGCGAUUAGAUUGCUGAAUAACAUCGAGAGCGGAGUGAACGUUUUGGAGAGAUUUCAAGACUGGUCUGUCGGACGGAUACCUAGAGAUUGCAUACUACAAGAAGUUCCAACCAAGGUGUCACACUGUACAAGGUGCACCCAUGCAGGCCCUCAGAAGGACCACAGGGUGUAUGGCUGUGCGAUGUGUAACAGCGAUAUCGCUUGCCAUCCAAAGUCAUCAUCGACACCCAAAUGCACCUGCAGCUGGCACGUCAUAACCAAGGAGGCGGGAAAAUCAUCACUGGAGCGAGACCUCAUGAAGAAGGCAUGUGCUGACGCUAACUUUCCCAGUAAACCAAUCAUAGAGGAAUAUCGAUCGGUGAAGGACAGGUGCCCAGCUAAGAGACUAAAGUGGAGACGACCCAAACUUCUCUACACAGAGAAAUUCAUCGCAGCUAAGAUGGAGUGGCCGGUAGAGUACACCAUUGAGAAGGUUCUUCCUCUGGUCACUCUGUGGGACCUGAGGGCCAUAGCAUCCGGCCAUCCCGCUGACCCCGCCCUCCACCUCACCCCAGCUGCUGUGGUCAAGAGACGAACCAGACAGGGCGUGGCAUGCGUUGAGAUUCACUGGCAUAAACAAGCUGGGCUACCUUCCAUGGAGCAGGAGUAUCUGACCACUAUUGAGAAAGAGGAACUCUUUACCAAAGCCUUCCCAGACAUAAUGAGAGCCUUCGAGGAGGAAAAGCUGGCGGCCAAACCCAAUAAGAAAGGUAAGAGGAAUAAUGCCCAACCAAGUCAAUGCCUCGUCUCAGGCAGUGGCGAUCGAAGUGAGAGUCCUUCAGCAAACGUUGACGAGAUUGAUGCACUUUCAUCAGCUGUCUCCGAUUUAAGCUUAGUGCAACGUUCAACCUCGCCAGAUGAUACUGAAGCAAGACUUUCCUCCAGGAUAGAGGAGUCAUCAUGUCUUAAAAGCUUUGCUCCGAUACCCGAGGUCUUGGAAGAAGGGGAGAAAUCAGACGAACUUAAUCCGCUCAAAUGCAACGAUGAUGCAAAGCGCUCAAAGUCAAUGUCAGAUGUAACGUUCACUUCAGCACUGAGUGUACGAGUCGCUUUAAGACUGAAGAAGGCUUCUGAGGAAAUGCAAAAGAAAACAGACUCUAAUUUAUUUUUUGAUGAAGAGGAUGACUUUCCACAAACGACAAAGGACUCUCCAAAUUCAUCUUUGUGUGAAGUCUUUAUGGAUGACGACCCCUUAACAGAUCAGAAGAAAGAUCACCACAACUCUGUAAAUUCCUCGAAACCAGAAGAAACUAAAUCGACUUACCAAACAGAGUCUCUUAAAAAAGUCGAAGGGAAGCCACAUAAGAAAAAACGUCAUCAAAAGAAACUUCGCUCGGCCUCUUCAUCGGCUGCUUUGCCAAGCUCUGCGGCCGAGGGAAGGAGAAAAAUACUUGCCUUAAGUGAACGGAAGCGGCUCAAAACACUUCUCGCCUCACUGGAUGAUUCUACCUUUUCAGUGGAUGAAGAGUGCCCUCAAGAUAUGCGUCGACCACUGUCUUCGCUUCAAGGCUCUGUUGCAAAUUUUAAUCUUGGUUUCGAGAUGACCAAGAUGCUUUCUGAAGACGACAGCAUGCUUCUUGAUCUUAAUGAGAUGGAUGUCUCGAACAGGUCUGAGGUAAAGGCUACCACUAGAGAUUCUAAUACAGAAGCUAAUGUGGACAGUUCAGGAGAUGACGGCUUCAGUAACUUCGUACAUGUCGACAGAUCCAGCCCAGACCUCCAAAUCUACGAAUCCUCGGAUUCUUUAUCUGGAGAAUCUCUAGGAAAACCAUAUUCAGCAUGUGACAGCAACGACGACCCAAACUUCAGUCUCAAGUUUGAAUUUACCAAGAUGCUUGAUGAGAAUGAUAGCCUCCUUCCCUCGGAGGAAGCAGAUUUAUCGGUUAACAGGACAGAAACUAGACUUACGGCAGAUGAUGAGUCAAAGUCUUGUGAAAGCCUCGUGGAGGAAACAGAUUUGUCAGUUGACGGGAGGACAGAUACUAGACUUACGGCAGAUGAUGAGUGCAUGUCUGGUGAUAAGUCAGAGCCACUGCAGCGAUUCACCAGCACUGGCCAGGGUUUCACGGAUGAUGAAGUGAACACCAAGACUGAGAACAAAGAUCCUUGGGAAGCGAAGAGCAAAGAAGAAAGUUUUUCAGAUCAGAAGUCUUCUUGCUGCUUGAUAGUGCAGAAACAUCCUACAGAUACAAGAGAUGAUUAUGAAGACCUUACAAGGUCUGUUGCAAGUAGUCUUGAUGGACCUAUGGAUGUGAUCAGAGGGGAUGGAUUGCAGGUUGUUGAAGCGGAAGGGUAUACCAACAAGGAAUCCAGUUUGCUCAUACCUAAAGACUGUACAAAUCAGGACAAUGUCUACAAUUCGCCUGGUGAUAUUUCUAGGCAGACUUCAUCUGAAUAUUUAUACCAGACUUUUGCCCCUCCACCCCCUGAUAUUGACACCCCUACUCUGUGUGAUGAAUCACCCAUUGGAAGUUUCAGCCAAUCAAAUGGUUCUGUGUAUAGAGAACCUCCAAUCAGAGAGGCUGUCUUACCCAGUCUGUCCAACACGGCAUCUCAAUUGAAAACGAACUUAACAGCCAAUCACCUCUCAGCAACUCCUCGCAGCAGCCAAUCACAGACCCUGUCUCAUGACUAUGAGAAUAGUCCUGUCUCGCUAAUGGACAGAUUAAGAAUCAAACAUGGCGGACGAGAUAACAAAGGAGUGUUAUCAGCCGUGACUUCCAUGAAAAGUGGAGUGGAUAUUGGGAACAAACUUAGAGGAGACAGAAAAGUCCUUCGUGAGCUAUUUGAUAACAAUUAAGAUGGCAUUAAGAAACUUAAAGGGAAGGUACACGUUUGGUAAUUACUCAAAACAAAAUAUAUCAACUUAAAAACUGACUUGGUU